AAUAAUGGCGGCAACUACAGGGGAUCCUGUACUUUCCAAAUUACAGUUUGCCCCCUUUAACAGUGCCUUGGAUGUUGGAUUCUGGCAUGAGUUGACCCAGAAGAAGCUGAAUGAGUAUCGGUUGGAUGAAGCUCCCAAGGACAUUAAGGGCUAUUACUAUAAUGGUGAUUCUGCUGCGCUGCCAGCUCGUUUAACCCUGGAGUACAGCGCAUUUGACAUGAAUGCUCCCACCCCAGCCCAUUGCUGCCCAGCUGUUGGAACACUAUAUAACACCAAUACACUCGAGUCCUUCAAGACAGCAGAUAAGAAGCUACUCUUGGAGCAAGCCGCAAAUGAGAUAUGGGAAUCAAUAAAAUCGGGCACUGCUCUUGAAAACCCUGUUCUCCUCAACAAGUUCCUCCUCUUGACAUUUGCAGAUCUAAAGAAAUACCACUUCUACUAUUGGUUUUGCUACCCUGCCCUCUGUCUUCCAGAGAGUAUACCUCUCAUUCAAGGACCAGUGAGUUUGCAUCAACGGUUUUCACCAAAACAGGUUCAAGCCCUUGAGCUUGCAUAUGAUGACUUGUGUCACACCGAGGGUGUGACAGCCCUACCAUACUUCUUAAUCAAGUAUGACGAGAGCACGGUGCAGCUUUCCUUGCUGAAACACUACAGUGAUUUCUUCCAAGAUCAAAGGACACAGAUAACAAUCGGUGUAUAUGACCCAUGUAACCUAGUUCAGCACCCUGGAUGGCCUUUGAGGAAUUUUUUGGUCCUAGCAGCCCACAGAUGGAGUAGCCGUUUCCAGUCUGUGGAGGUGCUCUGCUUCCGGGACCGCACACUGCAAGGGAUGAGAGACAUCACCCACAGCAUCGUCUUUGAAGUGAAGCUUCCAGAAAUGGCAUUUAGCCCAGAUUGCCCCAAAGCAGUCGGGUGGGAGAAGAACCAGAAAGGAGGCAUGGGACCAAGGAUGGUGAACCUCAGUGAGUGCAUGGACCCUAAAAGGCUAGCUGAGUCAUCUGUGGAUCUAAAUCUCAAAUUGAUGUGCUGGAGAUUGGUCCCUACUUUGGACUUGGACAAGGUUGUGUCUGUCAAAUGUCUGUUGCUUGGAGCUGGCACCUUGGGUUGUAAUGUAGCUAGAAUACUAAUGGGCUGGGGCGUCAGACACAUCACGUUUGUGGACAAUGCCAAGGUCUCCUACUCCAAUCCUGUGAGGCAACCUCUCUAUGAAUUUGAAGAUUGUCUAGUGGGUGGUAAGGCCAAGGCCCUGGCUGCAGCAGACCGGCUUCAGAAAAUAUUCCCUGGAGUGAAUGCUCAAGGGUUCAAUAUGAGCAUCCCCAUGCCUGGACACCCAGUGAAUUUCUCCAGCAUCACCCUAGAGCAAGCCCGCAAGGAUGUGGAGCAGCUGGAACAACUCAUCGACAGCCAUGAUGUCAUUUUCCUCUUGAUGGACACCAGGGAAAGUCGGUGGCUUCCUACUGUCAUUGCUGCGAGCAAGAGAAAGCUGGUCAUCAAUGCUGCCCUGGGAUUUGACACAUUUGUGGUCAUGAGACAUGGCCUGAAGAAACCUAAGCAGCAGGAAGCUGGGGACUUGUGUCCCAACCACCCUGUGGCAUCUGCCGACCUCCUAGGCUCAUCCCUUUUUGCCAACAUCCCUGGCUACAAACUUGGUUGCUAUUUCUGUAAUGAUGUGGUGGCCCCCGGAGAUUCAACCCGAGACCGGACCUUGGACCAGCAGUGCACUGUGAGCCGCCCCGGUCUGGCCAUGAUUGCAGGAGCCUUGGCAGUGGAAUUGAUGGUUUCUGUUUUGCAGCAUCCAGAAGGGGGCUAUGCCAUUGCCAGCAGUAGUGAUGACCGCAUGAAUGAGCCUCCAACGUCUCUUGGGCUUGUGCCUCACCAGAUCCGGGGAUUUUUGUCACGGUUUGAUAAUGUCCUUCCUGUCAGCCUGGCAUUUGACAAAUGUACAGCUUGUUCUUCCAAAGUUCUUGAUCAAUAUGAACGAGAAGGAUUUAAUUUCCUAGCGAAGGUGUUUAAUUCUGCACAUUCCUUCUUAGAAGACUUAACUGGUCUCACAUUGCUACAUCAAGAAACCCAAGCUGCUGAGGCAGCGGAUUACCUGCUCCCCUCCAGGGCCCUGCCUAUCCCAGCUAGGUCAGCACCCAGCCGCAGUGCCCCCGCCGAGUGA